AUGUCGAGUCCUUCAUCAGUACAGAUCUCACCGGAGGGUCAAAGUCAGAAAGAACUACGAAACCUCGGCACAUUCUUCUCAGACAAGACACUUUCAGAUGUCAUCGUCAAGUUUGGCGACCAGGAGAUCUUUGCUCACAGAAUUAUCCUUGUGAAGAGUUCUGUCUGGUUUGAGAAAGCCCUGCUUGGAGAUCUCAAGGUAGGUCAACAUGUCAGACCCGCUGUGACUGCCAUGCUCAGGUUCUUCUAUGACGGCACUUAUCGUCUGGAUGGACUCAAAGGCAACUCCGCUGACCAGCACCUGACCAUGUAUCGACUCGCCGAUCUCUACGAUGCCAGUAGUCUGCGCAAGCAGGCCUCACGCCACUUGAUUAACCAGUUCAGCCAAGACCGCUACCACACCAAUUCUGCUGACCAGUAUCGCAUGGCAGACCAAGUCAUUCGCUCAAUCCAGCAGAUCAUCGGACCUAGCGCAGACACUUUCGCCGACAACAGUAUCCAGGAAGACGUCUUCAAGUUCAUCAUCGAACAAGCAAGCUCCAUGUACAAGAAUGAGCUAUUCCAGGAGCUGUUGGGCGACGGAAGUAUGUUCAGCGAGUCGUUUGCUCGCCGCUUCUUCCAGAAGACCGGUGAGCUCAUCACCCGUCUGCAGAGAAACAGAUCAGACGAUUGGGGCGCGACCCCCUUCUCGCCAUACUACACCCCCUUACAGCUGGGAAACCGACACAUGGGGAGUCUGUGA